AUGGACACUUUCAAGGAGCAGCUACAGCAGCUCCAUAGUUACUUUGCCAAAAGCAGUAACAAGACAGAAGUCUUGAAAGCUGCUUCAGCGACCCUGGGCAUUCAGUACUUAAAAGUGAAGGUGAGAUUAUGCAUCACAUUUCUUCACUUUGAUACUCUGGUCUCAUCUUGUUUACCUACUGCAUCUACACUCAAAAUAAAUGUAUUUUGCAGGAAGUAAAGGAUGUUCGCUGGCUGUCCCAGCACCUGGCCGUGGCUAAUCUUCAGCGAAACCUCAGCUCAGUGUUGGCUGCAUUGGCUGAGGAGGUGGAGGUGAACCGGUGCCCAACUGCGUAG